CCCUUUGCAUGCAAUUUUGGGUUUAUAAAGACGGAAGCUUGGAGAGACUGAAGAACAAAAAGAUUUUGGGAGAGAGCAGUGUCACUCAAAACCUUCCUUCUCUCGCAAUUUCUUCUUUCUGGGUCUCUCUCUCUCAGCUCCGCCAUUUUCACUCUCUCUCUCUCACUCAGAUUCUCCCCUCUUCUUCGCCUGCGAAAACCCUCGUCUCCCCGACCCGUUGUUUCGUUUGUUCUCCGGGUUCGGGAACCAAACCGGGUCAAAUCCUCUGCUGAAUCUUCGAUUCUUAGGGUUUUGUGUCAUGGAGGAAGGAUCUUCUUCAUCAGAAAUUCUAGAAGGAGAGAUUGUUGGAAUCACAUUUGCUCUUGCGAGUAACCAUGAGAUUUGUGUAGCAUCGAUUAGUGAAUCUUCAAUCAAUCAUGCCAGUCAACUCUCUAACCCCUUCUUGGGGUUGCCUCUGGAGUUUGGCAGGUGUGAAUCGUGCGGUGCGACAGAGCCAGAUAAAUGUGAAGGUCAUUUUGGUUAUAUUCAGCUUCCAGUGCCAAUAUACCAUCCUGCUCAUGUUAAUGAACUGAAACAAAUGCUGAGCCUUCUGUGCUUGAAAUGUCUGAAGAUAAAGAAGGCAAAGAGCACAAGUGGUGGUCUGGCGGAGCGCUUAUUAGGUGUCUGUUGUGAGGAAGCUUCAAACAUCUCAAUCAGAGAUAGAUCAUCGGAUGGGGCCUCAUAUCUAGAACUGAAGCUCCCAUCUAGGUCAAGACUGCAGGCGGGUUGCUGGAAUUUCCUGGAAAGAUAUGGUUACCGCUAUGGAAGCAACUAUACGCGGCCCCUGCUGGCAAGAGAGGUAAAGGAAAUUCUAAGACGGAUCCCUGAAGAAACAAAAAAGAAACUCACACGAAAGGGUUCAGGUUUCUCUUCCCGUAGCGUCAUCACUGGAGAUGCGUACAGAGAUGUGAAUGAGGUAGGCAUCCCAAUUGAAAUUGCGCAGAGAAUCACUUUUGAGGAAAGGGUUAGUGUCCACAACAUAAGUUAUCUACAGGAGUUAGUAGACAACAAGUUGUGUUUGAGUUAUACUCAAGGUUCUACGACCUAUUCUUUAAGGGAUGGAGCCAAGGAUCACACUGUGCUUAAACCUGGGCAGGUUGUUCAUCGCAAGGUCAUGGAUGGGGAUGUUGUGUUUAUCAACCGACCCCCGACGACACAUAAGCAUUCUCUUCAAGCGCUUCGGGUGUAUGUUCAUGAAGAUAACACCGUGAAGAUUAACCCUCUGAUGUGUAGUCCCCUCAGUGCUGAUUUUGAUGGUGAUUGUGUCCAUCUGUUCUACCCACAGUCACUUAGUGCUAAGGCAGAGGUUAUGGAGCUCUUCUCUGUGGAGAAGCAACUGCUUAGCUCCCAUACUGGACAGCUGAUUUUGCAGAUGGGUUGUGAUUCUGAAGUUCUGCUCUGCAAAGUCAAUUUCCAAAACACUACUAAUGAUCGGCGCGUAAUCCUAUAUUUAAAUGAAUGCCAUUGUGGAAAAAGGUUUUGCCAGGAAAAUGCUGCUUACACAGUCAGGAACAAGCUGAAGAAAGUUAGUCUUAAAGAUACUGCAGUGGAAUUCCUCGUCGAAUACAGAAAGCAACAAACUAUAUCAGAAAUUUUUGGAAUUGAUUCAUGCCUACAUGGCCAUAUUCAUCUUAAUAAGACAUUGUUGCAAGAUUGGAACAUCAGUAUGCAGGAUGUCCUUCAAAAGUGUGAGGAUGUAAUCAAUUCACUUGGACAAAAGAAAAAGAAGAAAGCUACUGACGACUUCAAGAGAACAAGUUUGUCUGUCAGUGAGUGCUGCUCUUUCCGAGAUCCUUGUGGGAGCAAAGAUUCAGAUAUGCCUUGUUUGAUGUUCUCCUACAAUGCCACCGAUCCUGAUCUAGAAAGAAUUCUUGAUAUUCUUUGCAAUACAAUUUACCCGGUUCUGCUGGAUACAGUGAUCAAAGGUGAUCCACGGAUUUGCUCAGCAAAUAUAAUCUGGCAUAGUUCAGACAUGACAACGUGGAUCCGGAAUCGUCAUGCAUCCCGCCGGGGGGAAUGGGUUUUGGAUGUCACUGUUGAAAAAUCUGCUGUCAAGCAAAGUGGUGAUGCAUGGAGGGUUGUGAUAGACUCAUGUCUUUCAGUGCUUCAUCUGAUAGACACAAAACGGUCAAUCCCUUAUUCUAUAAAGCAAGUCCAAGAAUUGCUUGGGUUAUCCUGUGCUUUUGAACAAGCAGUACAGCGUCUAUCAGCUUCAGUGAGAAUGGUCUCCAGAGGAGUCUUGAAAGAACACAUCAUUCUCCUAGCAAACAACAUGACUUGUUCAGGGAAUAUGUUGGGUUUCAAUUCUGGAGGUUACAAAGCUUUGACCCGAUCCUUAAACAUUAAGGCUCCAUUCACAGAAGCAACUCUGAUUACACCAAAAAGAUGUUUUGAGAAAGCGGCUGAGAAAUGUCAUAAAGAUUCUCUAUCAACAGUCGUUGGGUCUUGUUCUUGGGGAAAACGCGUGGAUGUUGGUACAGGUUCACAGUUUGAGCUUCUAUGGAACCAAAAAGAGACUGGUCUAGAUGAUCAAGAAGAAACAGAUGUGUACGGCUUCCUCCAAAUGGUCAGAUCCACGACAAAUACAGAUGCAUAUGUGUCUUCCCCUGGUUUUGAUGUUACAGAGGAAGAAAUGGCUGAAUGGGCUGAAUCGCCGGAGCGAGACUCUGCCCUUGGAGAGCCUAAAUUUGAGGACAGUGCCGAGUUCCAAACUAUAUAUGAAGAAGGCCAGCCAUCAGGAUCGAACUGGGAGAAAAGUUCUUCGUGGGAUAAAGGUUGCAGUGGUGGCUCAGAAUGGGGAUUCUCAAGAAAUACAGGUGGUGAGGCAGACCCGGAGUCUAACUGGGAAAAGACUACAAAUGUUGAGAAGGAAGAUGCCUUGUCUGGUUGGAACACUAAAAAAGAUGCUCAAGAAUCUUCCAAGUCAGAAUCCAACUGGGAGAAAAGUUCUUCGUGGGAUAAUGGUUGCAGUGGUGGCCCAGAAUGGGGAGUCUCAAAAAACACAGGGGGUGAGGCAGACCCGGAGUCUAAUUGGGAAAAGACUACACAUGUUGAGAAGGAAGAUGCUUGGUCUGGUUGGAACACUAAAAAAGAUGCUCAAGAAUCUUCCAAGUCAGAUUCAGGGGGUGCUUGGGGCUUAAAGACAAAGGAUGAUGAUGCAAAUACAACACCAAACUGGGGAACAAGACCAGCUCAUACAGAUUCUAUUGUCCCAGAAAAUACUGAGCCGUCUUCUGACGAUUGGGGACUCAAAUCUGUUUCAGAAAAAUCUUGGGAGAAAAAGAACUGGGGAACUGAAUCAGCUCCUGCUGCAUGGGGUUCAACAGAUGCUGCUGUUUGGGGUUCUAGUAGCAAAAUGAACUCGGAAACUGAAUCAGAUGCUGCUGCUUGGGGUUCUAAGGACAAAAAGAAUUCUUACAUUGGGUCAGGUGCUGGUGUUUUGGGUCCCUGGAACAAAAAGAGCUUGGAAACUGAGUCAGAUAGUGCUACUUGGGGUUCUAGUGACAAAACUAAAUCAGGUGCUGCUGCAUGGAGUUCUAGGGACAGAAAAAACAUGGAAACUGACUCGGAACCUGAUGCUUGGGGUUCCCAGGUCAAAAAGAAAUCUGACACUGAGUCAGGUCCUGCUGCUUGGGGUGCUUGGGACACAAAGAAAUCGGAAACUGACUUAGGUCUUGCUGGUUGGGGUACCGGGGACAAAAAGAAUUCUGAAACUGAAUCAGGUCUUGCUGGUUGGGGUACCGGGGAAAAAAAGAAUUCUGAAACUGAAUCAGGUCCUGCUGCUUGGGGUUCUUGGGGACAGCCAAGUCCCACUGCAGCAGACAAUGAUACCAAUGAAGAUGAUGGAAAUCCGUGGGUUUCCUUGAAGGAGACCAAAAGUAGAGAGAAUGAUGAUAAGGAGAGAAUUCAGUGGGGAAAUCCAGCCAAGAAAUUUCCAUCUAAUGGCUCACAUGGUAGCUGGUCCAAUGGUGGUGGUGCAGACUGGAAAGGAAAAAGGAACCAUACUCCUAGGCCACCUAGAUCUGAGGAUAAUUUGGCUCCCAUGUUUACAGCAACGAGACAGCGCUUGGACUCAUUCACCUCUGAGGAGCAAGAGCUUCUCUCAGAUGUUGAGCCAGUCAUGAGGACUCUCAGGAAAAUAAUGCAUCUGUCUGGGUACCCUGAUGGAGACCCAAUUUCUGAUGAUGACAAGACGUUUGUCCUGGAGAAGAUUUUGAACUUCCAUCCCGAAAAAGAGAAAAAGCUCGGCUCCGGUGUUGAUUUCAUCACGGUUGAUAAGCACACCACAUUCUCAGAUAGCAGGUGCUUCUUUGUUGUUUCAACUGAUGGGACCAAACAGGACUUUUCAUACAGAAAAUCCCUAAACAACUAUUUGAUGACGACAUACCCUGACCGCGCUGAAGAAUUCAUAGACAAAUACUUUCCGAAACCUCGGCAGACUCAAGCUCAGUCUCCAUCUCAGACUCAGGCUCAUUCUCCAUCUCAGACUCAGGCUCAGUCUCAGUCUUCGUCUCAGAAUCAGACUCAGACUCCAUCUCCGUCUCAGACUAAGGCUCAAUCUCCCUCUCAGACUCAGUCCCCGUCCCAGACUCAGACAUAAACUCUUUCUGACUUGACAACAAAAGAAGGUAUGGUUCAUUUUGCUAAACCAUUCAGUCUCCACUGUUUUGUUUUGAGAUGUACAUAAAGAGUGGAGCGAAUGGCGGUUUCUAUUUAUCAUAAAAAAGACUCUGAUGUGAAGUGCAAAACAAUGUAUAAAUGCAGUUCUCUAGUUUCUCCUAAAAUCAGGUCUAGGUUUCGGUGACUGGUUAAGUUUUAAAGUGUAGCGGCAUUGUAAUGAUGUUUGACUUUGACAUAUUUUAUUUAUUGAGCAAUGCAUUUGCAAAUCUCAUUUGCUU